UCCAAGAAUUUUGGCUCCACCAGUGCUACCUUCUGACUCCCCAUUCCUGCCUCACUCAGUCACAUCCUCCUGCUCCUCUUGACAGACCAAUUCUGCAGCUCCAGUAUCGGGGGUGUUUCUGUAAGUGGCCUUUUGAUCAACGUUCUCUAUCCUGAUGUCUGCAUCUCAGGCUCUAGCUCGUCAACUGCUCGUUCUGACACACUUCCUGCUCUUCUGUCGAGCAGGUUAUUUUGAAAGUAAAUGGCGCAUGAAGUCUUGUGGUAACUCUCCUUGGGUAAAGCUGGACUUCAAGUGCCUUCAACCAGAACAAUUUAUUUUUAAUAAGCUAUAAGAAACAUUAUCAGCUGGCUGUAUCGCAAACCAGAGGCGGGAUUGUACCAGUUAUUCAUUGCUCCAUUGCUAUUGGGAAGUGGUUCUUUUCAUCGCCUGCACAUCAGUACGGAACAGCUUCAUGCAGACAUGCAGGCGAUGUGGUGCAGUCUUCAUGUGUUUCUUGUCAUUGUGUCCAGUACGGUUGUAAUGGGAGAAGGCACAAGUGAAAAAGUGGACAUAUCUGAUUCAACUGAACCAACUUCUUUUGUAACAAGUCUUGAUGUACAGGGACAAAGCACAAGCAAAACACUGGAGAUAUCUGGCUCAACUAAACCAACUUCUGUUGAAACAAGUGCCAUUACACUGCAGAGCACAAGGGCAACACUGAAGAUAUCUGAUUCAACUGAACCAACCUCUGUUGUAACAAGUGUUGAUGUACUGGGACAAAGCACAAGAGAAACAUUGGAGAUAUCCAAUGCAACGGAGCCAACUUCAGUUGGAGUGACCCAAAGCCUGAGCAGCACAGUGAGUUUACCAACUCCAUCAACUCUGUAUCCAACCAGUGCACCCAUUGAUGUCACAACUGGAAGUCCUGAGCAUCUCACUUCCACAACUGGCGCUCCGACAACAAGAACCUCAGUCUACUCCACAAUGGGGUAUCUGUCUCAAACAACCCAAGAUGUCAAUUCUUCUCAACAACCCACUACUUAUCUGAUAGAAUUGUCCGCCUCUCCUGGACUUGAAGCAGUGACCAAUGCCAGCCAGGAGCCUACCUUCACUAAUGGGUCUGAGCACUGGGCAACGGAUGACCCUGGAAAUGACACAGAUUUGCCUGAAAUCACUUCGUUCUCUACUCCAGUCACCAAUACUUCAGAGGCUGCUGUGUUUCUUGGUCCGGGUAUAAAUGGGAAAACACAAUCUCCUCCAACCAGCAAGAUGACUUCUGCAACGAAGCAAACUCCAGACUUCCAUUCAACAACAACCUCUGCCACUACCAAUACAGCAAUAACAAGCAGAGGCAACCUGAAGUCAACCACUCCCUUUGUCCAUGACGUCACCAAAGUCACCACCAGAAAUUACAACAGACUUACAACUGCUCAAGCGGCAACCAAGAAAAUUGGUCUUGUGACUCAAUGCCUCAUAGUCAUUGCUAUCCUGGCAGGGAUCUGUACUAUCUUUGUCAUCUGUACCAUAGUGCUGUGCACCAAGCUCUCUACCCAAAGGCACAACUACAGGGUUAACCAGAUGAAUGGCACUGAACUGAUAUGCAUUUCUGCUCUACUGCCAGAAGAAGAAAGAAAGAUGAGGAAAAAACUGAGGCCAAAACGGCUAAGAGAUUUUAAGGAAACCAUGACAGGGCAAACAAGUGACACUGAUGAUGAUGACCUUACCCUCCAGAGCUUUGUGACUGAACACUAGAGCUUUCCAUUAACCUGCAGAUGCAGGGUCACCCUCCUGGCCCCUAGAUAAUUACACAGUAACUGGAUGAACCAAGUGUCAAGCUUUGAUUAAUAACAUGAAAGUAUGUCUGCAGACUUUCCGUAACUGAGUUCUGGAAAGUAUCAAGGAGUCAUGCAUGGUUUUCUCUCUGUUGUGUUAUUUUGGACUUCCUGAUCUAUACUGCUCUUGCAAAGCUUUGGUUAUGAGCAGACCUGAUUCAGUUAACAUCUGACUGCAAAGAUCAGGUUGCUAUGCAAAACUUACAUGCUCUAAACACAUUUUUAAGACACCAUAAGUGUAAGUAAUUUUUUUAAGGAUGUAUUGAUGUGGACUUGCUUCAUGUACGAUACAUUGAGGGUAAUGAUAAUUGGAGGCAAAGUGCUGAUUAUUGAGUCACAAAGAGUUCCUGAGGUCGAUGUGAAGGAACUUUGGCCACUUUAGAGCAAACACCUGAAGCAUUGGUUUGCUUCUUCUGUGGCCUAGCCAGUCCCUUGGCCCUAGGAACUCUCUCUCUCUUAACUCCACAUCUCUGGAUGGCACUGUGGCCAAGUGGGAUUAACUUAAAAAAGGGUUUUGGUAAGGUGAAAAGUAAAACUCUGUUUACUCCAUUUAUUGAGUCAAUGCUGAUAACUGCUGACCAUUGUUGACUAUUGAUUGGUGAGAUAGAUAAUUCUUUUACAGAUGGGGAAUUAAGGCCUACGGGGAAGAGGGGUUGAGCCCUGGGGACGAUCAGACAUGAUCAUAUUGAAUGGCGAGGAGGACUUGAGGGGCCGAGUGGCCUACUCCUGCUCCUAUUUUCUUGUAUUCCUGAGAGCUUUACCGGCAGGAAGGUCUGCUGAAGGAAGUAGCUAAGCCCUUGCACUUCCUAAGAGACAAUGAUACGGAGCUCUGCAACAGCAGGAUUAGUUUCGGAUGACAGCACCACGGAUAUGCUACAAGGAAUGGCCUCCCUUUUAGGGCUUCAUGAAUGAGCAGUGACAGCAACAAAGUGCUGCAAAAACAGUAACUUCCUCUGCAGUUAAAUGGUCAGCUUUUAAAAAACAUAAUGCGAAAUUUGCAUUCCAUAAUCCCACCAAUUCUUGUCCUCCAGCACCACUCUCAGGCAGUGGGAAGGCAUCACAUUAGUAUUGGGUAAGCAGCUGCAAGCAUCACUGAGUUGGACAAAGAACCAACAGACACAAAAAUCUGACUGUCCCCAUUCUGUGCCAAAAGACACUGAGGCCUGAAUAGAUCCAUUCAAAGUUUGUCGUGCUUUGUGGAUACAGCAGAAACCUGGAUAUUGGCUCACCUUUAUCUGGAUGAGUCAUUUCGAAGCAAGUCUUUUAGCACUUUUAACAAGGGACUGGCUUAAUAAUUAAUGGGAUAUGGGGUGCACUGAAGAUCACCCUGUUCUGAAAGGUGUGAGUGACGUGAAGUCUGGCCUGUGGCAGGUUCUGUAGAGGAAACGGCACUUUAGCUGUUUUGCAAAGUAGGACUGAAUUGAAAAGAUGAAAUGUGCUUGUUACAAAUUAUCAGUAAACUGUACAGUUCUGAAACAAUGGGCUUCACAAGCAUCUCUCAAUAAAAUAAGAUA